AUGGUGCCUCGCACCUUCCUCAAUGCGGACGGCACUGAAUCGACCAUCCAUGUAAACCGCCAACUCCAGUUCACCCAAGGAAGCGAAGGCGAACGGCCAACGCGCCUCUCCAAACGCGUUGCCUUCUCAUCCGGAAGAGUCGAGUGGUGCGGCGAGCAGGCCGAGGACCCAGCGACAGACUUUUCGGCUUCAGCUCCUUCGGCCGCGGACUGUCAGAUCCUCGUCAACUCGUUGGGAGACCAGAAUGGCUUCUGGACGUUGCAACCCAGCGACUUCUCAUCAGACGGCUGGGCCCGUAUUGUGAGCUCGGGGUCGUGCUCUUUUGCGGCAAGAUAUGCCGACUCUGGUAGUACUGGCAAUUCAAUGAGAAUCGGUACCAACGAUAUUCGCUUCUAUACGACAAGAUAUCUUCCCUUGGCCCAAAACGGGAAGAUUGGGCUGCAGGGAACUGUUCAGUGUAACAAUGCUGAAAGAAUGCUUUUCGUGACCUGGGGGUUGCUCAGCAGCUAA